UCUGGACAACGGGCGUUACAGAGUGUUUUUCACCACAGACAAGUCACGGCACUCUGAAGCCAGCAUACGAAUUACGCCCAGCUCAUUUGAUGAAUGCUUCAUGGACUACGCCGAAAAGAGAGACUACAGUGUCAAGGUUACAUCACUUCCACUGGCGGGUCCUGAUACACCAGAUUAUGAUAAACAGACUGUUGAGAGUAACAACAUUGAAGUGAAACCGUGCAAGGUGCAAGGCUGCCCAACUUUAGUGAUGAACUACAGCAGCGCGGACUGCGGUUCAGAUAAGACUGGAUCACUGUCAUUGUGUGACUGUGGGCCUCUGGAUGCAGAUCUGACCAAAGUAACCGCCAUGCAUUUGGCACUGGAUGAGAGCAAUCGCACUUCAGUCACGUUCACGUUAAAAUGGAACCCUUACACGAGAAGCCAGGGACGAUACUACCUUUCGGCGCAUUUCUUGAAUCGCUCCGACUGCAGUUUCAAGCAUUUCAUAAGCCGUGAUAGCGAAGAAUUCACCGGGAAAGUACAGUCCAUCACAUUCAAAAACGUCGAUCCCGAAUUCACGGCGUGUGCUGUUGUUUUUAUGAAAGCACAAGGUUUGUGCAAGGUUAGUGAAAUAACAACGGGCGAUGGACAAUAUUUACACGUGACCGAAACCACCGAAUCAAAAGCAAACUCCCUGUCGGUAUCCUCAGCUUCUCCCAGACCUCAGGCUGUAUCGGCAGCAGCAGCAUCACCAUCAUCAUCACCACCGCCUGAAGUCGGUACUGCCAAGGAAUCAGGAGUCAAUGCAAGCUUGGUGGCGGGAGUUGCCAUUGCCAUUGCGGGACUAGCUGUUGUGACAGCUCUGCUGGGAAUGAUUCUGUAUUCGGCAGCAUGACACGUUCAAGUUAAAGGUUUUCGAUUUAAGGUUCAUUUAACUUGGCCCGUGCUUGCUGUCUCGUCUGGAAAUCCUUAGCCACGUCACUCAGAACACAGGAACGAAUGAGGAAGGCGGCUCAGUGUGGUGCCAGAGUCGACCGGGUGGAAAGAACAUCAUUCACCUCACUGGUGUUUUCCAGUUCGGUUGUGGUGGGCAAGGAAACAAACAUUACAUUUCUCAAGUCACUAGCUGCUUUGGUUGUCGACAGGAGCAACAACUUGGUCUAUUCUGCCGUGAUGGGCGAGCUGCGGACCCGGAUUUCGUUGUGCCUGCUGCAUGCGAUGGGCAGUCACAUUGCUUUUAGCCGGACAUAGUGCAGCAGGGCCUUUUACAUCCGCCACAUGGUCGGGAGCUCCUUUUCAGCGUGUUGCCGCCGGCCAUGUUGAUUCGGGCGGAGGGUUGCCUUCGUCUUCGCCAGUAGACCAUUCGGAUAGCGGUUUUCUGUCAAGAUUUUGUGUUCAACCUUGUACUUCCAUUGAGUACUGACCCUGAGUUUUUUGUUUCCUGUUUGAAGUUGUGCAUGUACAUUGUCCUUUUGAGGCAACGAACUAAAUAUAUAUCAAAAACAAACAAACAAGCAAAUGUUCUAUAAGUAGUAAUUGCCGAUUUUGGGUUGUCUUUUGCUUGGGUUCUCACUUUUUUCUCUCUACAAAAUCCACAUAUCUCCAGACAAUGGAUCGCUUUGUAGGAGUUGCAUUAUUUGAUAGAAAGAAUAUUUUUCACAGUUUAAUAAGAGUAUUUAUUUUUGUAGAGCUUGUGUGGAUAUAGAUUCCUUGGUUCAAACCCCAAGAUGAGCAGAUACGUGUAGUUACAUUUUUUUCUCCUUGCAUGUUUUGUAUCUGCAUGUUAAUACCCUUGCCGUGAGUCGCUCGUGAGUCAUGUAUGAGUCGUGUAUGGCUAAACCCGUAUUUCUCCACUUUACCCGUCUGUUGCGAACUGUGAUUGGCUGCUUAUUACUAUACUAAUGUUCCCGGUUCUAGAAUUUUGUCGGCAACCGGUUUUCAUAGAUUGCUUAUCGGUUAAUGACCUAAAACAUGGCUGCCGGUUGCCGAACUUUUGUUCCCUUGCUUUCUUCUUUCCUGUUGCUUCUUCACUUUCUUUGCCUUCCAAGUGUGUAUAUAAUAAAUAUUUUCUUGCCUGA